CGCGGAGCAGAGGGCGAACGCGGCGCCGAGCCCCCCGGGGCGCUGAGCGCAAGCGGGCCGCCUCCCUCUGCUCGAGGCCCGGCCGCCUGCACCGCCCGCAGCCCGGGUGCCCGGGCUGGGGCACGGGAGGCGGGGCCGGGGCGGGGUCCCGGCGCGGGCAGCGCUUCGGAGCCGGAGCCCCGGAGCCGCCCGUCCGGGCCGCGCCCGGAGCGAGCCUUGGAAAUGCCUGUGCUGGGGGAGCGGGCGCCGGUUGCCCGGCAGGCUCCGAGGAGACGCUGAAGGUCGCCGGGAAGUGAGCGCCCGGUCACCUGACCCCCGGGGCGCACCUAGGCUGGGCGGGGCCCAUGAGAGGCGGACGGCCGGGGCCGGGGCGCAGGGGCUGGGAGCGGGCGGCGUGGAGCGCGCGGAGCCGGGCGGACGGGGGCGCGCUGCGGGCGGGCGAGGGCGCGGCCGGGCACCGCCGGCGGCCUCGCCAUGUCCCAGCCCGCGGGGAGGAUGCAUUGCCGAAAGGCAGGGAUCCGCGCCGCGGUGGUGCUCAUCGGACUCCUGCACAAAUCGCGAAAACAGAAUAAAGAGAAAAGGAAGCAGGAGCUGGCCAACAGCUCGGAUGUGACCUUCCCAGACCGGCCGCUGUCCCCUCCUCUGACGGCACCUCCCACCAUGAAGUCGGCGGAGUUCUUCGAGAUGCUGGAGAAAAUGCAGGGGAUCAAGCUUGAAGAGCAGAAGCCGGGUCCCCAGAAGAACAAGGAUGACUACAUCCCGUACCCCAGCAUUGAUGAGGUUGUGGAGAAGGGAGGCCCAUACCCCUUGAUUGUCCUGCCCCAGUUUGGGGGCUAUUGGAUCGAGGACCCAGAGAACGUGGGGACGCCGACCUCCCUUGGCAGCAGCAUCUGUGAGGAGGAGGAAGAGGACAGUCUCAGCCCCAGCACAUUUGGCUAUAAGCUCGAGUGCAAGGGCGAAGCCAGGGCCUACCGCAGGCACUUCCUGGGGAAGGAUCACCUAAACUUUUACUGUACUGGCAGCAGUUUGGGGAACUUGCUCCUGUCCAUCAAGUGUGAGGAGGCGGAGGGCAUCGAGUACCUUCGGGUCAUUCUCAGGUCCAAAGUGAAGACAGUGCAUGAAAGGAUCCCCUUGGCUGGAUUGAACAAGUUGCCCAGUGUCCCUCAGAUUGCAAAGGCUUUCUGUGAUGACGCUGUGGGGCUGAAAUUCAACCCUGUCCUAUACCCCAAGGCCUCCCAAAUGAUUGUGUCCUAUGAUGAGCACGAUGUCAACAACACGUUCAAAUUUGGGGUUAUUUAUCAAAAAGCCAGGCAGACCCUGGAGGAAGAGCUGUUUGGAAACAAUGAGGAGAGUCCAGCUUUCAAGGAGUUCUUGGACCUUUUGGGGGACACGAUCACACUGCAGGAUUUCAAAGGUUUUCGCGGAGGCCUGGAUGUGACCCACGGACAGACGGGGGUGGAAUCCGUGUACACGAUAUUCCGGGACAGAGAGAUCAUGUUUCAUGUCUCCACAAAGCUGCCGUUUACCGAGGGAGACGCCCAGCAGCUCCAGAGAAAGAGACACAUUGGGAAUGACAUUGUGGCCAUCAUCUUCCAAGAAGAAAACACACCGUUUGUCCCAGAUAUGAUUGCCUCCAACUUCUUACACGCCUACAUUGUCGUGCAGGCUGAGAACCCGGGCACGGAGACCCCGUCCUACAAGGUCUCAGUCACGGCCCGGGAAGAUGUGCCUGCCUUUGGCCCCCCUCUGCCUAGCCCUCCUGUUUUCCAGAAGGGCCCGGAGUUCAGGGAGUUUCUGCUCACCAAGCUCACCAACGCAGAGAACGCUUGCUGCAAGUCAGAUAAGUUUGCGAAGCUGGAGGACCGGACGAGGGCCGCCCUGCUGGACAACCUCCAUGAUGAGCUUCACAGCCACACUCAGGCUAUGCUGGGACUGGGCCCAGAAGAGGACAAGUUUGAGAAUGGGGGCCAUGGGGGAUUUCUGGAGUCUUUUAAGAGGGCCAUCCGUGUGCGCAGCCACUCCAUGGAGACCAUGGUGAGCAGCCAGAAAAAGCAGCACAGCGGGGGCAUCCCUGGCAGCCUCAGUGGGGGCAUCUCGCACAAUAGCAUGGAGGUCACCAAGACUACCUUCUCGCCUCCAGUGGCGGCAGCAGCAGCAGCAGCAGCGGCGAAGAACCAGUCACGGAGCCCUAUCAAGCGGCGGUCAGGGCUCUUCCCCCGGCUGCACACAGGCUCUGAAGGCCAAGGCGAUGGCCGGACACGAUGUGACAGUGCAUCCAGCAACCCCAAGACCCCAGAUGGUGCACACUCUUCUCAGGAGAUGAAGUCUGAGGCUUCAUCCAACCCCAGUUCUCCGGAAAUCUGCCCCAACAAGGAGAAGCCCUUCAUAAAGUUGAAGGAGAAUGGCCGAGCCAACAUCUCCCGCUCAUCCUCCAGCACCAGCAGCUUCAGCAGCACAGCGGGGGAGGGGGAGGCCAUGGAGGAGUGUGACAGCGGGAGCAGCCAGCCGUCCACCACCUCGCCCUUCAAGCAGGAGGUGUUUGUCUACAGCCCGUCCCCAAGCAGCGAGAACCCCAGCCUGGGGGCCGCAGCCACCCCCAUCAUCAUGAGCCGGAGUCCUACAGAUCCCAAAAGCAGAAACUCCCCGAGGUCAAAUCUGAAAUUCCGCUUUGAUAAGCUUAGCCACGCCAGCUCUAGUGCGGGUCACUAAUGUGAAAGAGGAUUCCUUCGCUUGUCAAAGGGAAGCCCUGAUUCUGUCUUGGAGAAGGCCCUUUCCCAGCAGUUUGGGGGUGCCAUCCACGACUCUGACCGUCACAGCCCUGCUGCCCCACCAGCCACCUGCCCACAGACCAGCCGUCUGUCCCCAUGUCCCGAUCUGGCCACCGCCCUGCCUGUCCCCUAGCCAAGACACCCUGUGAGCACUCUCUUUCUCUGGACAAGGCCUCCUCCCUCAAGUCUCUUCCUGCUCCUGACCGUCCAUGUGAUGUGUGUCUGGCCCAUCCAUCAUCUUGUUUUGUGCACAGAGGAAAGAGUUGGGCUUGGGGGGAUCUGGGCCCCUGGGACUUGGUCAGAGACUAGUGGGGCAGAGAGUGGUGAGGUGGGGUGCGGGGGCCAUCAGCAUAAUGCUGCACGGGGAGAGGGGCAGCCUGUGCCCGGGACGUGGCAGGCAUAGUGAAUCCAUUUAGUGGUGGUGGAACCAAGAUUUGUAGCCAUCCUCCAUGAUGUUGUGACAGGAAUCAGCAGUGUUGCUCCCACACCUGUGUGCUUGUGUGCUGGGGGCUGCUUUCUUGCCCACCUGCUGACUUCGGGCCUGGCACUGCCUCUGGUCCUGUGGCCAGUGUGUCCUGGGUGCUGGCAGCAGAGGCGAGACAGCUGUGUGUGUGUGGAGGUGGCCCUGCGUCAUUGCUGUGGGACAAGAUCUGGGCAGGUCUCUCCCCUUGGGGUGGGUGUUUUCCCCAAGGAGGGAUGGGCAGCCCCCGAGCAGGAAGGAAUUGAGGAAGAACAAGCUGGCGAGCUGUGCUCUGGGACCUUGGCUGGGCGGGGAUUAGGCCCCCGCUGGUGAUGGAAGCUUGUGGAAGAGUUCCCUGAGCCCACCACUGAGGUCAGAGCCGGGGAGGCGAGGCAGGGGGCUGACCUGUCCACCUCGGUCAGUGUGUGGACGCAGCAUGUAGGCAUGAGAAAGGAGCGAUGUCCCUCUGGGAUUUCUACUCUUGGCGUCUGUGGUGGGCCCAGAGCUACCUUGGGGCUCUUUCCAGCUUCUGUGCCCUUUGGCCUGGUUGGUCCUCCGAUCCCCUUCAACCGUGGGUCUGGAGGCGGUGGUCACAUUGGCGGGAUUUUUAUGAUGUGGGCCCCAGCUGGAGGCAGCUCAGGGGCUGCCUGCCGCCUGCCCCCUUGGCCAGAGCCAGCUCACUCCCGGGAGAAGCUCCCCCUUUCCCUGCGUCUCACCCAUCCUUGUCUGCAGGGCAGAAAGUCGCUUCUGCAGCCCGGCCCCCGGUGGAGGGUAAGGCGGGGUGUCCUCCGCAGAGCCCUGUGGGUGCUGGCACUUUGGGUGCGUGGGGCCCUGUGACACGGGAUAGCCCCAGGGCCUUAGGCUGGGCCCCUGCUCCUGGGAGCAGGUGACACAGAUUUCUACCACCUGUUUCAUCUGCAUUGGGAUCUGGGCCUAUUCCAAAGUCAAAGCAAUCCCAAGUUGAUGUCAUACUUGUUUUUUUU